GUCAAACCCAAUGUCUACAAAACCAUUUUUCUUCUCUGUAUUUUGCUCCCUUCAAUAAAAAUCUGAUAUAUUGUUCUAUCAGGUUCAGGGUACGAAUCCUCGCAAGGGAAUUUUUUUAAUGCCCGAAUCCGCCACUCGUGAAUUCUCAAUCGAUGUGAAUCCUCUUGAGAAAUGGUGAUGUAGGGCUGAUAAAAGGAGUGGCAAUUCAGGCUUAGAAGAAGAAGGAAUCGAGUUUCAGACAUUUUAAUUGACUUUUUUGAAGGUUCAACGGGUCAAUAGCAAUGGAAGGGACUACAUCAUGGGCGAGUUUCACCACACGAUUGAAAGAAAUCGGUAAAGAAGUGCAAGUAAGACACCGAGAUUUAAGACCGGAGCCUAUAUACCAUUCUUUGGAUUUUGAAACCCAUUCAGACAACGAGGAUUGCAGCAACGAGGAGACUCUGUUGUGUAUUGAUUCUGUUCUUCCGGAUGAUCUAUUGGAAAGAAUUCUUUCAUUUUUGCCCAUUGCAAGUGUUUUCCGAGCAGGAACAGUUUGUAAGAGAUGGAGAUCUAUCACACUUUCGGAGAAGUUCCUGUGGCAGUGCUCCAAAAUGCCUGCACAGAAACCUUGGUACUUCAUGUUUACAAAUUCAGAAGAUCCCUCUGGGUUUGCAUUUGAUCCUGUAUUGAAGAAAUGGUAUAAUUUUAGUCUCCCAUGCAUAGGUACAUCAAGUUGGUUUGUGGCAUCAUCAUUUGGGUUGGUUUGUUUCAUGGACAAUGCCAACAGGAACCAUGUCUAUGUCUGCAAUCCUAUCACCAGGAACCGGCUGAGGCUGCCUGAGCCUCCAGAACCAAGAGUUUCAGACUAUAGUGCUCUGGCCAUUACUGUGAACAAGCAUACUAAUACAUAUAUUAUUGUCGUGGCAAGAUCCAAGCAAGUUCCUCAUGACUACUUGCAGUGGAAUCUCUCAAUUGAUGUUUAUGAUUCAUUGGAUGGGGUAUGGAAUAGUUCUGUUAGUCAAGUGUUGAAUGGAUGGAGAGGUGGUGAUGAAGCUGUGAUUUGUAAUGGAAUUUUGUAUUGCCUAAUUUAUUCCACUGCCAUGUCGGGCAACUCAGAAAACAGACAUGGACUGAUAAUUUAUGACACUUCCAAUGCCUUGUUACAAGUUUUGCCAAUCUCCAUGCCUUGCUCUCUUACAUGUGGCCGCCUGAUGAAUCUCAAGGAGCGGUUAGUGAUGGUGGGUGGUAUUGGUAGGGUUGAUAGGCCUGAUAUAAUCAAAGGAAUUGGCAUUUGGGAGCUUGAUAAGGUUGAAUGGCGAGAGAUUUCACGUAUGCCUCACAGAUUCUUCCAAGGGUUUGGAGAAUUUGAUGAUGUUUUCUCCAGUAGUGGUACUGGUGAUCUCAUAUACAUUCAGAGCUAUGGAGCACCCGCACUGCUUGUUUUUGAUAUGAAUCAGAAAUCUUGGCGAUGGUCUCAAAAAUGUCCUGUUACCAAGAGGUUCCCCCUUCAACUCUUCACUGGAUUUUGCUUUGAACCAAGGUUCGAAGUUGCAGUCUCCAGUUGAUCCAGCAGGCCACAUUUACACUGGUUUUUAAUUUUUGGUUAGAUAGUUUGUAUUUAUCUGAUGCAUAAUGUGUUGUUUUCCUCCAUUUCUUGGGAUUUUGGAGUGCAUGCACCAGGAAUUUAUUACCCUCAACUCUCUAUCCUACCUGAUAUUUUGGAUCCCAUUCAGAAGUAUAGAAAAGACAAUUUCAUGGAAAUCUCUCUACAUGUAAUUUGUGCGGCAUGGUCUAAGAAGUGAUAUUAUUUAUUUACAAAACUUGCAGUUUAUGUUGCACCAUCUACCACUGUGCAAGGUUGAUAAUUCUUUUCAGGACAUAUCCAUGGGCUGCUGCGUUUCACAGCAACAGGUAGGAAUUUUUUUAAAGCGAGUUGCCAAAUCUAAGGAGUGGGCAUUUUGAUGAGGGGAAUGGAACGACUUCUAGCUGUAGUGAUCAGUGUUGUUUGUGUGGUUUUUGUAGCUCUAGUUUGGUGGACAAAUGGUAGAAAUGUUUUGAACUUAUAUUAACUGUGGAUCAUGAGAGUCAUGAGAUUAUUAUAUCCACUCUGCAAUAGAUGCAGAUUCAAAUAUAACAGAUGCUGUAUUGUUGCUCAUGUUUAUAAAGCACAUUUUGGGAGGAAGCAUUUGAGAUGAGGAUGUACAUGGGGCAAUUGGCAUUGAAGAUAUAUAAAUAUGAUACAAGUUUCAUGGAAGCUGCCAAUUUGAUAUGGUUUAAUGGCAAUAUCAUGUUUCCAUAUUAAUUAAGAAAUUAAUGAUAUGAAAUGAAUCAUUUUGCAAA